AUGACACGGCCUGACGACAUCAACUGGAAAGAAGCCUUCUGGUUCUUCUACUGGGAGCUUCUGGCAAAUGACGAAGACCAUGACCACGCGAACGAUGGUUUCAUUCUCACCAUCUUCCAGAUGGAGCGGCUUCCAAUCAACGCAACCAAGCCUCCGAGAUCAUGGGAUCAUCUGUUGUGGCAUCUCAUGAGAGCUAUGGUGUACCAAAGAGGCCUCGGAUCCGGCGCAGAAGAAGUGGGAAAAUACGAUUGGUUGAAACAUCCUCCCACCUCCACACAGAGACCCUUCGUGGACUGGGUAGACUUCUUGGACUUCCGUUGGGACGCUUCGCAAUUCAACAUUGAAGACGACAGCUUCUGGGUGCUCGGAUACCUCGAAGAGUGCGCCUACGAACAGUCUCAAGGACAAACCGCUCCAUCUACGACAAUGGAAAAGGCUUGGUCUCGCAAUCCCUACCUGCUCGAGUUCCAAAAGGCCCACGGUCUCGCCACUCCUUGGGCAGUACCGAUGCCGCGGCAGUUAAAUCACCCGUCAUACAUGACUCUCUCAAAAUGGCCCUUCCAGGUCAUUUUCGACAAACAGCACGGUGUCGCUUAUCUCAAGUCUCUGCGCAACGGUAACCUCACUUGGCAAGCGCUCAACGAAGCUCGAUACUUUUAUACGGGGAUGCUUCUGUGGAUUCACGAGAUGAAGGUCAAUGGCUACGUACGAAGCAUCAGGUCCUUUAUGCAGCUCAGAUAUGAAGACUUGCCCAGCGGCUCGUCUGGCGGAGAGCAGGUGGCGUUGUGCAAGAGACUCUGGGAGGCAAUCAGGAAAGUGGGACAUCAGCGUAUCUUUCAACAACCACUACGCCUUGCUGUACCCCAAAAGCGGAUCGUCCUGCCCCUCCCAGCCAAGCGUACGGCACCGGCCGUACUCGCCCAAGAAUUGAGCAAAAGAUUCAAGAAGUGCGUCAAGUCAGAAGGUGAAUCGGAUGAGGAUUGA